CUUACAUAAACUUUCAUGAAAGAAAACUUAGAGUAUUUCUUAGUGUAUUUCAUAAGUCAUCAGAUGGGGCGGCCUUUUGUUUAGAUUCCUUUUGUGUUGUAGAUUUUUCUAUUUCUGUAUAUUUGUAUCUUUUAGAAUGGGUUCCAACGGCAUUUCUUUACCGAGGCAGAAUGGUGACAAAAACUCUCCCCUCAAUCGAGCGGAUGAGGUGGACGAUGUGAGCAAUAGUCCUUUAAAUAUACCCCAUUCUUGGCGAAGGUUAUACAAAACUCUCAUGACAUAUACAUACUGAUACAGUUCAGUUGCUCAACGCCGUUCAGUCUCUCAUAAUUCCUUUUAUCAGAUCUGCAGACCAGGAUGCAGCUUUCAAGCAUACGAGUCAUGGCCUGGCUACUCAAGGUGGCGGCCCUCGAACAGUUAUUCUUGAGCAUCACAGACCAGAGAAACUGGCUCAGCUUAUGAGUGUCGAUCUCCCAAGAAAUGGAAAAGGAAAGGAAGGACUUCUGGCUACUGUCGAGCAAGUGCUUCAAUACAGUGUAAAUACUUGGGACCAGGGAUUUCUGGAUAAGUUGUAUGCUAGCACCAAUGCUGUUGGCGUUAUUUCUGAGCUCUUGCUUGCCGUUUUGAACACGAAUGUUCAUGUAUAUCAAGUAUCUCCUGCACUCACAGUGAUCGAGAAGACGACAGCCAAAGCAUUUGCAAACCUGUUUGGAUUCAAUGGUCCACAUGCUGGUGGCAUUAGCACGCAAGGCGGCAGUGCCUCCAACACCACGUCCAUCAUCAUCGCCAGAAACAACCUGUAUCCUGAAACCAAGACAUCUGGUAAUGGAAACCACAAAUUCGUUCUCUUCACCUCAGCUCAUGGACACUACUCACUUGAGAAAGCUGCUCAAAUGUGCGGUCUUGGAAGUGAAAAUGUCUGGUCCGUCCCUGUUGACAGUCGAGGUCGCAUGAUCCCAUCAGAACUAGAAAAGCUUGUCGCAAAAGCAAAGAAUGAGAGCCGGACGCCAUUUUACGUCAACGCCACAGCAGGGACAACUGUCCUGGGAUCCUACGAUCCCUUUGAAGAUAUAUCCGCUGUAUGCAAGAACCACAAUCUAUGGCUCCAUAUUGACGGCAGUUGGGGUGGUCCUGUGAUCUUCUCAUCAACCCACAAACACAAAAUGAACGGCUCCGAACUCGCGGAUUCUCUCGCGGUCAACCCACAUAAAAUGAUGGGUGUGCCCAUGACUUGCUCGUUCCUUCUUUGCCCCGACUUGAGGAAAUUUCAUAAAGCGAAUACUCUCCCAGCAGGAUAUCUCUUCCACGAAUCUGAUGCCAGCGGCGAAGUGUGGGACCUAGCUGAUUUGACACUGCAAUGCGGUCGACGUGGCGAUAGCUUCAAACUCGCGCUGAGCUGGAUAUAUUAUGGAUCUUCGGGCUUCGAAGCACAGAUCGACUCUGCAUUCGAGAUCGCGUCGUACUUUGCUACGAAGAUCCAGCGCAACGACAAUUUCGUCUUGGUUUCUGAGAACCCACCGCCGUGUUUGCAGGUGUGCUUUUAUUUUCUGAAGGCUGCGAAGGAUGGGGACUUGAAGUUAAAUGAUGACAAGGACGAGAACACGAGGGUGACGAGUGAGACUGUACGAAGAUUGAUACCAAGGGGCUUUAUGGUGGACUAUGCGCCUGGAGGGCGGGGAAGUUUCUUUCGGGUAGUGGUCAAUAGGGACACGAGGAGGGAGACUAUUGAUGGGCUGGUCGCGGCUAUUGAGGAUGUUGGAGGCAGUUUGUGAGAGAAGGGGCUUGAAAUAGGAGGAGUAGAUGUCCCCCUCCCUUCUAGAAGUUGGAUUUGGUUAGACAGCAUUUGCAUAGAUAGAUAUAGACGACACAAUUCACAAAUGCGUCCGCACUUUCAAUUGUUCUCCUAGCGUACUCAGGC